AUGAUUGCUGCUAUCCGCUACAAUGAAAAUUCAUCUAGGGCUCAUGCAGUUACCAGAUAUGGUGAUCUGCAAUACAAGGUCAGCUUCCCAAAAUUUAAACAGGGUGACUACAGUACACGGAAGUUAACAGUGGAGCCUACAUAUGGAUAUACAUCCACACUGAUGAAAGAGACCUUGAAGUCAGCAACUGAGACAACACUGGAGCCCAUUAUCUGUCUGCCAUCACUGAAGCCAUCACCUCUCUGCAGCGCAUUUGUGCACCCUGAGAAAAAAGAGGCAGUAUGCCAUUUUAGGUCUCGUUUUUCGAAGAAGGAAACUACUGUUUGA